UGCAAUAAGUUGUCAACGUAGGGGCUGUGUCACUCUCAUCAGCGUUUGUUAUUAUUUUUAUGGAAUAUAUUGAUAAUUUGAUUACAAUUUGAGAAAUUUUACAAAUAAAUAUGAUCGGCAGUGAUUAUACUUUGGAGUUGUGUAAUGUUUUUCAUUCUGGGCAGGUGGAACCGGGUAGUUUUUUCCAGCGUCUCACAGGUGGAGUCAAGACAGGUGUCAUCCUUAAGGAUGUCUCCUUCACGACAUACAGCGGAGAGGUCACGGCCAUACUGGGAUCAAAAGGAAGUGGCAAGCGCGCGCUCCUCGACGUGAUAGCACGUCGAGUGCCAUCCAAAGGUCAUAUACUGCUGGAAGGUGUGCCGUUAGAGGAAGAGCAAUUCAACAACACAUGCGCCCUGGUCCGACACUCCACGCGUCUGCUGCCUGGCCUGAGUGUACAGCAGACGCUAGGGUUGUCCCUCACGAAGAUUUCAGGAUAUUUGAAGUCGUCAAAAGUGAAGCAGGUUAUGGCUGAUUUGGCUUUAUCACAGGUUGCUCACAAAUGCGUCACAAACUUAACAAAGAGCGAAUACAGAAGAUUGAUAAUAGGAGUACAACUUAUUAGAGAUCCGAUAAUAUUGUUGCUGGACGAACCGACAUGGGACUUAGAUCCACUGAACACAUAUCUCGUAAUAUCAAUUCUAUCGAACGCUGCGAAGAAAUACGGGACGGCUAUCGUACUCACCAUGGAGAAACCUAGAUCAGAUGUGUUCCCAUUCCUGGAUCGAGUGGUAUACCUAUGCCUUGGCGAUGUCGUUUACGCUGGUCCUACGAGGAAUUUACUGGACUAUUUUGGCAGCAUCGGAUUCCCCUGUCCCCAGUUGGAAAACCCUUUGAUGUAUUAUUUAUGUCUAUCAACGGUUGACCGAAGAUCUAGAGAACGCUUCAUAGAAUCCAACCAUCAGAUAGCAGCAUUAGUUGAGAAGUUCAAACACGAAGGACAAGGCAUAAUGCAAGGCAACCUGCACGAAAACAGCCGAAUUAUAAAUCCAAAUAAAAUUCAAAUGAAUUAUGGAAAACCCAAUGGAUUUAAAGUUAUCUGGAUGCUCUACGUACGGACAUUGGCGUCGAUAUUUAACUUGAAGAAACAUGGCAUUAAGCAAAUGUUUAUGAGAUUACUAUGCCUUCCGAUAUAUUUCUUUAUUCUUUGGGCAUUUUACAACGAAGCCAAGGACUUCCAACGAGCCUUUAUAACGAAAAGUGGUUUAAUAUUUAACGCUAUAGUAGGAACCUAUUUCAUCAGCAUUAUGAAUACGAUAUGUUUAUAUGGGCCUUACAGAACUCGUUACUACGAAGAGUCUCAAGAAGGUCUUUACAGCGGCGCCAGUUUACUUUUAUCAUGGAAUUUAGUAUCUCUACCGUUUUCCUUCAUAAGCGCAUUUGCUUCGGCAGCCAUUAUUUACCCAAUCCUAGGGGACAUAACAGAGAGCAUCGACUACGUUUACUUCUCACUAGUGCUGUGGUCCUGUUACAUCUACGCGGAACAGCAAACCAUGUCGGUGAUGAUGUUCGUCAAGAAUGGACUGAUAGCGGCCAUCGUUAACAUUUACAUCACUUGCAUCUACGUUAUGCUCGCUAGCGGUGUUUUGAGGUCCUACAAAGGCUUUGAAGACUGGUUGUACUACCUUACAUACGUCACACAAACGCGUUACGCAUCCAUCUUCCUUCACAGAAACAUCUUCAAACAACCUACGUUCAAUAUCCUCCCAUACAACGAAUUCGAGAACUGUACCUUCAUCACCAACCUCAUACAAACAUCAUCCAAUGCGAAUUUGAACUCUAACGCCAACUGCAGAUAUGCCAGCGGUAAAGCUUUCCUGACAGAGCGCUUUGGAUCAAAGAAUUUCAACGGAGAUAUUUACCAAUCAGGAGAUUUCAAUCUGAAUUUCAACUUGGGAUUAUCGUUCGCAUUUUCUUUGGGAAUAAUGGUGUUUAACAAGUUCUUGUAUCUGAUGCCGCUGCCAAAUUAUAUUACGGAUAAGUUUAGAGAAUAGAUUUUUGAUUGUAUCUCAUGUUCUAAUAUUAAACGUAUUGAUUUAUAUUACUUAAA